UCACGGUUCAUUGAACUGACUUUGAGAAAAAACGGGUUUUUUAAUACGGACGUAACGAAUAUUUCCAUGGAAACUUAAUUUUCGUUUCCAUAGAGAAAUUGCGUUUCCUUAGAAACAGACAGUUUCCAUAGAGUAACCUUGGAAACAAAGAAAUUGUAAAAAAGGUGUUUCAUUGUUGUUUAGGAGAGAUUGUUGUUGCCGGUAGUUUUUUUUUCGAGUGGAAAAUAAGUUGUCAUGGGGAUUUAGUUUUUUUUUAAUUUUAAAAAAUGUGGAAAAAAUAUAUAUUAGUGUUUAAUUUAGUUAUGAUUUUUGUUAAUUCCAUGGAAACGGGGAAUAAAAGUGAUUUAAUUAAUCAACAAGUGGGGGUGGAGAAGAAUUUUAAGGGGAGUGCCCCUCAGGGGGAGGAGGCUGAGGAAGAAGAGGAAGAUGAGGGGCCAAGUUUUGGGGGGUUGCUGAAUGGAUUACUGGAGUCGUUUUCUAAUCCAAAGCCACACCCACCUUCGCCACACCCACCGCAAAACUCAACGACCCCACAGAAACCGCACCCCCCUCAGAAUCCCUGCCCCGGGCGGUGCGUCUCCCCCCUGGCAUCCGUUUUCAUGUGUGACAAGACCACGGAAUUAUUCAGUUGCCAGGGUAACCAGGUCUGUUGCCAUGACGACCCACCAACGGCACACCCCUCGGACACUAAAAAAAUCACCCCCUCGGAAAUUUUAGAUGACGACGACGAGGAAGAAGAAGAGCAGGAAAGUGUGGAAAGUGUGAAAUUAUGCGACGGUGUUUGCAUCGGGAAGGAGCUGGCGGGGGAGGUCUGUGAAGAAGUCAGGGAGGAUGGGGGGGCGUGCCCCAAGGGGAGUGUCUGCUGUGGGAGGAGUCUGAAUUCUACCAUGGCAACGGGCACACCCACUGAGAAAAUAAAGAAGAAAUGCGAGGGGACGUGCAGGUCCAUGAUUUUUGGGCUGUUUCUUUGUGAUGAAAUCGAUUCAGAGGCGGAGUGCGGGGAGAGCCAUCAGGCGUGUUGUGUUAUGAAAGAGAGGCCGCAGCAGGCACGCCCACCGCAGGGGGUGGGACACCCACAAGGGGCGCACCCACAAAAUAGACCACACCCACCGCAGGGGGCGCGCCCAACAACUCAGCCACACCCACAACCUCAAGAAUCUGAAGAGGAUUCUCCACCACCCACUCAACCGCGCCCACCUCCAUCCGCCCCAGUCGCCGUCACACCCACCACCGCGCCCACAUCAGCCACACCCACAACAACCCCACCCUCCUCCUCCCCCCAAUCCCCCCCACCCCCACCCCCCGUGUGCCACGCCUACUGCGUCGCCCUGGCAGCCCUCCCCUACUGCCGCUCCCCCCUCCCCGGAACCUGCGGGAUCAACGCGGGCUGCUGUGGUCACGAUUUGCAGCCCGUCCUCCGCCCCGUUGCCACGACAACCACCUCCACGACCACGCCCCCCUCCACAGAAUCGGAUUACGACUCCAUGGAAACGCCCUCGGCGGCGGUGGUUGCCAUGGAAACGUGUCCUGGGCAGUGUAUAAGACCGAUCAUGUCGUUUACCUGUUUUCUCAAUGCGGAGAUGACGGAUGGGUUUCGGUGCGAGGAUCCCAAGAUGAAGUGCUGUGCGCCGAAGAAGAAUUUGCCAGGGAAUUCGACGCAAGGGGGUGUGGUCCAAGGAGGGGGUGUGGUCCAACCGGGGGGUGUGCCUCAAGGGAAUAAUGUCGUUUCCGUGGGAACUUAUAAUAAGUUCCCGCCACCCCCACAGCAACAACAGCAACCGUUUCCACAGCAACCGUUCCCCCAGCAGUUUCCACAGCAACCACAAUUCCCACCACCCCCCCAACAACAACCCCCACCACCCCCACCCCUUCUCCACCCCAAACCUGACCGCACCUUCACCCAAACAUCCCGUUACAUCUGCGGCGUGAAAGGCGCGCCCGCGACAUCAGCGCUGCAAAUGCUACCCGAGGGGUUAUUGUCGCGGCGGAAGCGCGUGGUGGGCGGGAGCGACGCGGCGCCGGGGGAGUGGUGCUGGCAGGUGGCGCUGAUCAACUCCAUGAAUCAGUAUUUAUGCGGGGGGGCACUGAUCGGGGUCGAGUGGGUUCUGACUGCGGCUCAUUGCGUUACCAACAUCGUCCGCUCUGGAGACUCGAUCUACGUCCGCGUGGGUGACCACGAUUUAACAUCAAAAUACGGCUCCCCAGGGGCGCAAACCCUCCGCGUGGCCACGACCUACAUCCAUCACAACCACAACUCACAAACUUUAGACAACGACAUCGCCCUGCUCAAACUCCAAGGCCAAGUAUCACUAAAAGAAGGGGUGUGCCUCAUCUGCCUCCCCUCGCGGAGUGGGGCAGGUGGGAAUUUACUCCCCGGGAGGAGGUGCACCGUCACGGGCUAUGGAUACAUGGGGGAGAGCGGCCCGAUCCCCCUCCGCGUUCGGCAAGCGGAGCUCCCCAUAGUUUCCGAUGGGGAAUGCAUUAGGAAAGUAAAUGCCGUUACGGAGAAGCCUUUUGUCCUGCCGAUUUCCAGUUUCUGCGCCGGGGGAGAGUUCAAAAAUGAUGCAUGUCAAGGCGACGGGGGCGGCCCUUUGGUCUGUCGAGAAGACGAUUACUACGAAUUAACGGGUUUGGUCAGCUGGGGUUUUGGGUGUGGCAGAAAGGACGUCCCCGGUGUGUACGUAAAAAUCAGUUCAUUCAUCGGUUGGAUAAAUCAAAUAAUAUCAAUUUCUAAUUAAUUUUAUACAAAAAUUUAUAUAAAUAAAUAAAUCCAGAGGGGUACAAAUAAAAAAAUAAUAAAAAAAUUCCACACACCGUUUCCAUGGAAAAUCUCCGCACCAGCGCCACCUCGCGUCGCAACCCCGCACUUUUCCUCAAACAAAAGACCAUUUUCUUCACUUUUAACUCUUUAAAAAAAAUCUCAAUCAAAAGAUCUCUAAAUUAAAAUAAAAUAAAAAAAAAUAAAUGAAACCAUGGAUACGAAUCAUCUCAGAUCACUGACUUUGUCCAAAUUGCUCUCGAGCAGUUACGGCAAUGGGUUGAAUUCGAAUUCGAAUAACGGGGUGGAAACAGUGCUCGAAAAUAACAAACCUUUGAAAAUUAAUAAACAAAAUGUACAAAAUUUAGUCGAAGGGUUCUGGAAAUUGAAUCAGAAUGAAAAGUUAUUGUUUCUCAUUGGGAUUCAGCAACAGCAGGGGGGUGGGAAUCAGAAUAAGGAUGUCGUUGUUGGCUCCACCACACCACCAAUCAACCCAGUAAACGGCGACCCCACCACCGCCACACCCACCAAUCUCCCCACCCCCAUCCCCCCAACCACACCCCCAAUCCCCCCUCCCCCCACCCCCACCCCCUCCCUCUCCCGCCUCUCCUCCACCACCUCCUGGCUCCUAACAAACUUCACCUCCGACCCCCUCACGGCCCUCCCAAAGGAAGAAGUUUACGAUUUUUACACACAAACGUUUCCAUGGAAACCAAUCUCCACGGCGGAUUUCGGAAAACUAAUGCGCCAAGUCUUCCCAGAAGUAAAAGCGCGUCGCCUCGGACAACGCGGCGCAUCGAAAUAUUGCUAUGCCAACAUCCGCAAAAAA